AUGGCUGCAAUUCAGAAGCUACUGAACAUUGCAUUGCCCCCACUAUCAUUGGUGCUUCUAUCCUCGUUCAUGAUACCUUUCCUUAUCUUCAAGUUGCAGUUAAUAAACCUUUGUUUAAUUUAUUUUGGAAAGCAACUAGCAUAUGAAUAUGGAAGGAGAGGAGCAGUUUUAUCACUGGUUGACAUUAGGGAGGACAAUCUUGUAGUUGUGGCUGAAAAGGCCAGAUCUCUGGGUUCUCCUGAUGUUAUCAUCAUCGCUGCAGAUGUUUCAAAGCUCCAAGACUGUCGUCGUUUUGUGGAUCAAACAGUUAAUCAUUUUGGACGAUUGGAUUGUUUGGUGAAUAAUGCUGGAAUUGGCAAGCCUUCAGGAUUCAAAGAUUGGAGUAAUGCUUCUGAAUUUACUCCAAUGAUGGACGUAAAUUUCUGGGGAUCAGUUUAUGGCACUUUAUGUGCAAUCCCACAUCUGAAAACAAGCAGAGGCAGGAUCAUUGUGAUUGCAUCGGUUUUUGGAUGGUUCCCUCUCCCAAAAAGCAGUAUCUAUAGUGCAAGCAAGGCAGCGGCUAUAAACUACUUUGAGACUCUCAGGAUGGAACUUGGUCGUGCUAUUAGCAUAACAAUAGUCACACCUGGUUUGAUCAACACGGAUCUAGGAUUAACUGUAGUAAAAGAGGAGCGUAUAAUGGAAAUAAUUCCACUGUUAUCAGCAUCUGAAUUAGCAGAAAGCAUAGUGAAAAGCGCAUGCAGGGGAGAUAUGUACUUGACAGAGCCAUCUUGGGUCAAGGUUUUGUUUCCUUUCAAGCUGCUUUAUCCUCAACUAGUAGACUCGGCCGUACGCUCCUUUAUUGGGCUUUCCCGAAAAAUAAAUAAUUCUGCAACAGAGCUGAAGCUAGAGUAAAGUACUGUGUGCCACUUCCAUUUUUUUACAGGUCUAAGUUGUAUUAAUCUAAAAUAAGUUGAUUACAAUCAUUGGUUACCAAGCUUUGUAUGAUUUUCGACACACUUCUAGUCAAGUAAAGCUAGCAUGGUUACAGGCUAAUUUUGCCGAUUCAUGAGUUCCAUGAUUAGUUUCUUGCUUUGUAUGUGACUAUGUGAGAACUUGCAAGAGUGAAGUCUGCAGUGUUUGUACCAUUAUUUUCCCUAAUUGGAUUCCCCGCUUCCAUUUGCUUAGUUAGUAUAA